AUGUUUGCUCUGCAUCGAUCAGCCCUUCAGCCAAUCUACUGGAGCGUUAUCAAAAGCUCUGUUGAUAGAGCUUUAGCAACCUAUACUUGUUUUGUAGGUGGAGGGCAUGCAGGAUGUGAGGGAGCUGCAGCAGCAGCAAGGUGUGGUGCUCGAACAAUUCUCCUCACGCAUAACAAGAACACAAUUGGAGAAAUGAGCUGUAAUCCAAGUUUUGGUGGUAUUGGAAAAGGGCAUUUAAUUCGCGAAGUUGAUGCUUUGGAUGGUCUAUGCGGUCGUAUCUGUGAUAAAUCUGCCAUUACCUAUCAAGCUCUUAACUCUGGGCAGGGCCCUGCAGUCCUUGGUCUUCGUGCCCAAAUCGACCGCUCGCUCUAUAAAGCUCAUAUGCAAAAGGAGAUUUCCACUACCGAGAACCUGAUGGUCGUCGAAGGUGGUGUUGAUUCUCUUAUUGUUGAAGAUGGUAAUGAAAGGCGAGUCACCGGUGUGGUCUUAGAGGAUGGCAGCAAGCUGAAGACGAAAACCGUUCUUAUAGCAACAGGGACUUUUUUAGGGGGAGAGAUAUUUUUGGGAAAGAAACGAUGGCCAGCUGGGAGAAUUGGUGAAAAGAGUGCUACAAGUUUAUCACAGUCCUUCAAAGAGUUGGGCUUCCGUCUAUCACGCCUUCGAACUGGAACUCCGCCUCGUUUGUGGAAGAACUCCAUAGAUUUCACGCAAUUCCAAUUGAUGCCACCGGAUCCUGUUCCAAUACCUUUUUCCUUUAUGACCGACCAAGUUUGGUUACCGCCUGAACAACAGUUGCCUACCUAUAUCGGUUAUACCAACGAUCUUGUGCGUGAAAUAGCUGAGGAAAAUAUAGCAGAAAAUGUACACAUCAAAGCUGAUGCACGUGGACCUCGUUACUGUCCAUCUCUCGAGGCAAAAAUCAUCCGGUUUCCACAGCUUCAUCACAGAUUAUUCCUGGAGCACGAAGGCCUCCAUUCUGACUUGAUUUAUCCACAAGGAAUGUCUAUGACUUUUCCACCCGAGAUUCAACUCAAGAUAAUGAGAGCUAUCAAAGGAUUAGAAAAGGUUGAGAUCGCUCAGCACGGCUACGGAGUUCAGUACGAUUUCGUAGACCCUAAACAGUUAUUACCAACAUUAGAGACAAAGUCUGUGAAGGGCCUUUUCUUGGCUGGGCAGAUUAAUGGAACGACAGGGUACGAAGAGGCAGCAGCUCAGGGUGUUGUGGCUGGUAUCAAUGCAGCUGCACGUGUCCGAGGAGUUGAAGGAAUGGUUGUUCGUCGUAGCCAAGGAUAUGUCGGUGUUCUUAUUGAUGAUCUGACUAGUUUGGGCACAAAUGAGCCUUAUCGAAUGUUCACAUCGCGAGCGGAGCACAGAUUGCAUUUAAGACCGGAUAAUGCAGAUAUGAGACUCACGGAACUCGGUAGAAAAUGGGGAGCAGUACGCGAUGUCCGAUGGUCUCGGUUUAUCGAUGAAAAGAAUGCCGUUGACAAAGCCACUGAAGCUCUGAGAAGUAUCCGAAUGAGCAUAUCAAAAUGGAGUCGAGUGCUUCCAAAAUUGCAGUCGAAGAAUCUAGCUAAAGUCCUAUCUGCAUACGAAAUGCUCUAUCGACAUAACAUUUCCCUGGAGGUUUUGAAAGCUGCACUUCCUGAUCAGCUUGGACACUCUUUGCCGGACAAGCUGGAAAACCUCGAAAAGCGUCUCAAGUAUGAGGCCAGCUAUGAAGUAGCUCAAGAACGGAUGAAAAACAAGAUGAAGGAAAUUGAUCAGGAAUCAAGUAGCCUAAUACCUGAAGACAUAGACUACAGCAAAUUACAAGGUCUGAGUGCUGAAUGCUGGGAAAAGCUGGAUCGGGCACGACCCCUCAAUUUAGCAGCAGCUUCAAGGGUUCCUGGUGUUAAACCAGAAGCGAUCGUUGCCAUACUUCGGUACUUAAAACGGAAUAAUAUAGUAUCUCAGUCUGCAUGA